AUGAGGCGUUUCCUGAGCAGAAAGGGCCGCUUCUCCCUGCGCCAGAGCAAGUCUGGAACCCGGAGUGCAUCCAAAGAUUUCUUUCUCGGCCUUCCAGCCACCAAUCAGAACUGGCCCGAGGCGUUCGGCUUCCGACUGGGUGGCACAGGGCCCAGCUACAUCCUGUCCGUGGUGGAGGGCAGUAGUGCAUACCUGGCUGGCCUGCAGCCCGGGGACCAGGUGGUGGACAUCGAGGGCCAGGAUGUGACCAACCUCAGCACACCGGCACUGAUCGCUCUGGCUCAGACCCUCAAGACGGUACCACCCAGCAUUGGAGUGGUGUCACGGAUCGAACAGAUUGACAUCACUCCCGGACCAGAUGGACGUUUUGGCUUCACUAUCGUCGGCGACAGCCCUUUGAUGGUGGAGGACUGCAUGCCCAAUGGUCCAGCUGGUCGCAAUGGUCUCAAGGCUGGGGACUAUGUCAUGGAGGUCAAUGGCAUCCCAGUGAAGCAUCAUGAAACGGCGGCGGCCAUGAUCAAAGCGGCUCAGGGUCGGCCCCUGCGUCUGGGCGUGCUCAGUAUGGCCCGGCGGCCCAAGCGACUGAGCAGCAGCAUGAGGGUGUUGUCGCAGAGCGGGGACAGCGUGAGGGAGAGUCGUGCCCACAAGGCCAUGGAGUUCAAUAAGAAAGUGGAGGAGGUUCUCGGAGAGGAGCCAGAUGUGAAGGAACAGCUGUUUGAGGUGCUCAAACAGUAUGCUGCCGAGAGGGAUGUGGAGAGUCUGGCCGAGGCGCUGCCCGACAUCUUGAUCACAGAGGAGCAUCAGCAGCUGAUUGACAGCGUCAGGAUCUUCAUUCCCAAGAAGCACCGGGAGCGUUUUGACGAGGUCGUUUCCCAGAGCCUGAUGAGCAGGCUCAAAGGGCGGAGCUUCAGCGACCCCAGCCGUAACCAUCUUCGCCGCAGCCGGAGUGAGGAUCACCCCGAACGCCUCCUGGUCUCCACCCGUGCCAGUUCAGUGCCACGCACCCACGCCGAGGAAGGUGUGGUCCCCCCCGCCCGCGGCAUGCGCAAGACCACCUCACUCAUAGCUGGGCACUCCAGUGGCACCACCACCAACUGCAGGACAGUGAGAGUGUGUAAAGGUAACACAAGUUUUGGCUUCACUCUUAGAGGACAUGCUCCAGUGUGGAUUGACUCUGUCAUUCCUGGAAGCCCAGCAGACAAGGCAGGUCUAAAACCAGGAGACCGCAUCCUGUUUCUCAAUGGACUGGACAUGAGGACCUCCUCACAUGAGAAGGUGGUGUCCAUGCUCCAGGGCAGUGGUGCCAUGCCCACUCUGGUAGUGGAGGACGGUCCACCUACUUUUGCUCUGGCAGAGCAGGACCUUGCGGGAGGCGGCAUUCCCACAGAGCGAGCCCGCUCCCCUGUUCUCAGCUCUCUGCAGUGGGUGGCAGAGAUUCUGCCCCCCAGUAUCCGGGUUCAGGGCCGCACAUUCGGACAACAGCUGGAGCACCUGCUGACCAUCCAGGAGAGGUAUACUAUCUGCAAGGCUCUGGAGAACUUCUUUCAGCACAGGAAUGUUGACACUCUGAUCGUGGAUGUGUUCCCGGUGCUGGAUACUCCAGCCAAACAGGUGAUCUGGCAGUUUGUUUACCAGCUGCUGACGUAUGAGGAGCAGGAGCACUGCCAGAGCAAGAUCUCACGCUUCCUUGGAUACAAAGCGCCAGUUCCACCACCACCACCUCCGCCUCCCCCUCCUCCGGAGCCAGAGGUUGCCCCCGAGCCCCAUCGACGUAGCAGCUCCAUGAGGGUGACAGGGACCACGUACAGGAGCAGUGUGAGGGGACGUAGCUCUGAUGACUUGGUCAUUGGCACACACUUGGGCAUGGGCCUCCGUGCAGAGACAGUGCUGGAGACAGGGAUGAGAUUGGCUCCAGGAGAGAGACAGUCAGGAGACGGUACUUCCCUUCCAGAGACUCCAAACAACCUCACCAAUCUGUCGGCAGUGUACGCUGAACUGGAGAACAUGUAUUCAGCCAAGAGGUCCAAGUCUCUGAAGAGUCGUCCUCCUCCCGCCCCCGAGAGUUUGCUGGAUCUGGAGCCUCCCUCGCGCACAGCCUCCCCUACAAUACAUGCUAACACAGGUAGCUGAAAGCUUAAAUUUACACUAAACUCAAACCAGCUGGAAUCAUAUUUUACGGAUAUACUGCCCCCCCCACCCCCCACAUCUUGGCCGGAGCCUCUUCCCAGCCCCCCUACGCCCCAGUUCUAUCAAUCAGGGCUGACGAGCCAGACCAGUGCGGAGUCCAACCCCUACAUCAGCCUGGACAGUCCCCCUCCAUCACCUCCAGAACCCCCAGACUACCCAUCUAGCCCUCCCGCCCACCGCAGUAAUAAGCGGCGUUACACCUUCUCCAAACCGCCGCGCUCAGAAGACACAGAUCGUUUUCUGGAUGCACUCAGCGAGCAGCUUGGGCAGAGGGUGGCCAUCAUUGAUGACUUCCUGACUCCGGAGAACGACUAUGAGGAGGAUGUUGUGCAGAUGGGCUUCCCAGAUGAGGAUGAUGAUGAUAAUGAAGAGGAGUUGGGUGUGGAUGAAGAAGAAAAUGGAGGAUUUGUGGGCCCGGAGCUCAGCAGCCCGAGUGAUGUACAAAGCAGCAGUGGAGAAGAAAACGCCUCCUCCCUCACCUAUUCUUCCUCCUCUGACCACAUCCCUCCACCACCAAUGACUCCUCCGCCACCCCCGCCUGUUCAGUUCAAUGACCCGCCGCCUCCUCCUCCUCCAGCACCUGCACAGACUCAGUCUCAGCACCAACAACAACAGCAGCAACAGCUCAGCUUUACCCCUGAACACUCCCCCAGAGCAUAUGUGCCCAUCCGUCGAAAAUCUGGCCCCCCUCCCCCACCUCCACCCCGCAGUAAUCCACCACCGAAACGGCACUCCUUACACAAAGUGCUGCCCACAAGAGAGGACCUUCAGAUCCGCGCUACCAUACAAGAGCUAAAAGCCUAUCAAGAGCAACAAGUCUACCAGGAAAGACAAGCCUACGAGGAGCAACAAGCAUAUAAGGAGAGGCAGGCGUACGAGGAGCAGAAAGCCUAUGAGGAACAACAACUGUUCCAAGAGCAGCAGGCUUACCAGGAACAACAGGCCUAUCAGGAGAAAAUGUUCAAAGAGAGACAAGCUUAUGAGGAGCAGAAGGCGUACGAGGAGCAAAAAGCUUUUGAAGAGCAACAAAGGUACCAGGAGCAACAAGCCUACCAAGAAAGACAAGCUUACGAACAGCGGCAAGCCUACCAAGAACAAAAAGUGUACGAGCAGCGCCAAGCCUACAAGGAGCAAAAAGCAUUUGAGGAGCUUCAAGCCUACCAGGAGCAGAAAGCUUAUGAAGAGCGAAAAGCUUAUGAGGAGCAAAAAGCUUAUGAAGAGCGGCAGGCCUACGAGGAGCAACAAGCAUAUCAGGAGCAACAGAUCUACCAGAGCCAUCACUCAAUGCCUAACCAGCCAACGCAGCAGAAAGCCCACUCACCACUGCCUCUUCAACAACUCCACCAGUCCUUACCUCCACUACCCUCUCCAGACUCCGCCCACCACCACCCGAACCAUCCUCUGUAUAUGAUGCGCCAAGCACAGCAGCAACAGGCCCACCAGAGUCAUCACCACCGACGUCAGUCUCGUUCAGCCCCACCUCCUCACCAGCCGCAACCCCAACCAACAGCCCACCAGAGCCAACAAACUCAAUAUGCUGAGGGCAUCUACCAAAGCCACCAGGGCCUGAGAACCCAGGCCCACCACUCGUCUGCGGAGAUGCUCCACCAGAUGCACCAAGCCCCAGCCCAUCAUUCUUCUGCCGAGAUGCUCCAUCAGUUGCAACAACCCCAGGCGCACCAUUCGUCCGCUGAGAUGCUCCAGCAGAUGCAGCAAGCCCAUGGUCACUACUCAUCAUCAGAGAUGCUCCACCAAAUGCACAAAUCCAAGGCUCAUCAUUCGUCAACAGAGGUUCUGCACCAAGGUCACCAGAUGCAGCAAAUGCAACCUCACCACUCCUCGACUGAACUUCUCCAUCAAGCACACCAGCUGCAUCGGGGACAGCCGCACCAUUCAUCCACUGAGCUUCUCCAUCAAAUGCACAAAUCCCAGCCCCACCACUCUUCCACGGAGCUGCUUCAUCAAGCCCACCAAAUGCACCAAACUAAGCCCCAUCACUCCUCCACAGAGCUGCUCCAUCAAGCCCAGCAAGAUCCACCCUCCCUCCCAGUUCAGCUGAACCGGGACAGUCACUCCCAUCAGAGUCGGAGAAGUCUGAAAGGUCACCAUCAGACCCAAGUUUCACCACAAGGGAGACACCAAGAACAGCAGAUCCACCAAAGUCAUCAUCCCCAGCCCACCAAACCCUCUCCCCAAAGACCCCAUUCCAUCCAGCAGACCCACCACCACUCCAGCACACCUCAGAUCCACCACAUCCACCAUAUGACUCCUCCACCCCCUCCGCAGGACUACCAACACCAGAUUCAUGUCAUUCACCCGCCCCAGCAGCCCCACAGGCCUCAGCCCCUUCUGUCCACCUUUCAGCCGCUCCAGCCGCACCAGACCACCCUCUCCACUUUCCAGCCUCUGCCGCAACACCACCAAUCCCAGCACCAAGUCCAGCCCUCCACCCAAGCCACCCGCCCACAAUCCCAGCCCUCACAUCAUCUACUGCAGUCCCAACACCAGCCCCAAACCCAGUCCCACCAUAAGCAAUCCCACAGCCAGAGCCAGCCCCAGUCGCUCCCCCACUCGCUGUCCGACCCUUCAGAGCACCUGGAGCCCCCUCCGCCUCCACCCCUGCCCCCACCCUGCUCCCCUCCACCCUUGCCCAGGCCUUCGCUCUCCAGGAUGGACUCCAACCAUAUGAGUGUGAAGAGGUUGCGCUGGGAGCAGGUGGAAAACUCAGAAGGGACGAUCUGGGGACAGUUGGGAGCAAAUUCUGACUAUGAAAAACUGCACGACAUGGUGAAGUAUCUGGAUCUUGAGCUGCACUUUGGGACGCAGAAGACCCCCAUGGCUGCUCCAGAGCCAUCCCUUGUGCCGGAAACCUUCAAGAAGAAAGAUGUGAUUGAAAUCCUGUCCCAUAAGAAGGCCUACAAUGCCUCCAUCCUGAUAGCUCACCUGAAGCUGUCUCCUGGUGAGCUGCGUCAGGUGCUGAUGAACAUGGUCACUGAUAGGCUGGAGCCAGCGCACAUUAAGCAGCUGCUGCUGUAUGCUCCUGAUGCGGAGGAGGUCAAAAAGUACGAAGCGUACAGACAAGAUCCCAGCAAACUCAGCGAGCCAGACCAGUUUGUGUUGCAGAUGUUGUCAGUACCAGAGUACCAGACCCGCCUGCAGAGCCUCCUCUUCAAGUGCUCUCUGCAGGAGAAGACGGAGGAGCUGAGGGGAGCGUAUGAAUGUCUCUACAAGGCUUCGCUCGAGCUAAAGACAAGCAAGAAGCUGGCAAAGAUACUUGAGUUUGUGUUGGCGAUGGGGAACUACUUAAAUAACAGCCAGCCUAAAACCAACAAGACUACAGGCUUCAAGAUCAACUUCCUUACAGAGUUGAGUUCAACGAAAACAGUGGAUGGGAAAUCGACUUUUCUACACAUUCUGGUCAAGUCGUUGUGUCACCACUUCCCUGAUGUGUUGGAUUUUUCCAAAGAUUUAACCAUGGUUCCCCUCGCAGCCAAAGUAAAUCAGAGGAUUAUCACAUCAGAUAUGAAUGACCUUCUCGCAACCAUCCAGGACAUUCGCUCAGCCUGUCAGAAGAUGCCGGCGACUGCUGAGGACCGCUUUGCUGUCGUCAUGAGUAACUUUCUAGAAAACAGUCAUCCAGCAGUCCAGUCUCUGGAGUCCCUGCAGCAGAGAGCGAUGGAGGAAUUCAGCAAAACUGCCUCUUACUUUGGAGAAGACAGCAAAUCCACCAACACUGAGGCCUUCUUUGGUAUCUUUGCAGAGUUUAUCGGCAAAUUUGAGAGAGCUCUCAGUGAUCAGCAAGCUGCAGAAAACCAGAAGAGCCCCAGAAGUCCUCGAAUGGCCUCCCCACUGGCCUGGUAACACACACACACACACACAUACAAACACAUACACAUCUGGAGAUAACUAAAUACUUCAUACAGUACACACAGGUACACAGACACAUCCACAUAUACUGUAUACUACAAGC